GACAACGUUGCCCUGCUGUCGUCCACUCGUCAAUGUGCUGUCGUCCUGUUUUCGUUGUACCUGUGCUACAGGAGUUAAGACUGUUUAUUUGGUGUGUAACGAGUACUAGAGGAUGUCAUCUACAUAUCGUUUGGGGCCACAUUCUAUGGGGGCCGAUCUUAUGGCAGUCUGCUCGAGCUGCCACGGGGCUCACCGAUAGCGAUACACGAUGGCGGAGGGAGGAGAAUCAGAGAGUGGAAUGUCCUCGGAUAUGAUCGCCACUACUGUAAACGCUCGAUCUUUAGAAUGUCCCAUAUGUCUCGAUAAACUACGGCGUCCAAAGUCCUUACCUUGUCUUCACUCCUUUUGUGAGGAAUGUCUAGCAGCCUACAUCACCAAGGAAACCGAGGACAAGUCUAUAAAUGCCUUUCCUUGUCCAAUCUGUAGGACAGCCACAUCACCUGUAGAUCCUACUGCGACCGCCGAUGUUUGGGCCGGACAGUUCCCUACCAACAGCCUUAUCAUGGAACUCUCGGACACAAUAACGGAACAUUUCUGCCAACCUUGUACAAAUAAAGGAAACUCUAAAUCACCUGCUGAAUUUUGGUGCAAUGAGAUGACUACAUUUUUCUGUUCGGACUGCAAAACAGGUCUCCACGAUAUGAUACAUGUCAAAUGUGACAUCAUGACCGUUUCAAAUAUGAAGGAGUCUUCUGAUACAAAAUAUCCCAGAUGCCAAAAACACAAGAAGAAAACCGGUCUUUACUGUGAGGACCACAACACACUUGCCUGUAGUAACUGUAUAGCGAUAGACCACAGAAAAUGCGACAUAGUUCUUACAGCAGCAGACUACUGUGAUAAACUGAAUGGCGGGUCAAAGUUCGGGGAACUAAAAACAUGUGUGUCGGAAGGAAUUAACAAAUUACAGACCUGGAUAAAAGAUACCAAAAAACAUGUGGAAACCUUUACCACCGAUAGGGACCAGAUCCUCUCCGACCUGGCGGAUCUCCGUCAGAAAGUCAUUGCAAAGUUUGACGAGAUACAAGGGGAUUUGAUUAAAGACUUAACUGAAGUUUACAACGAACAGAAAACCAAAGCGGAGAAACUUAGUCAGAAAUGUGAAAGUAUGAAAAUGGCUAUGACAACUACCCAACAACUGGCAGAAACAACAUCUCGGUCAGCAGAUCCAACACACACAAUAACGGUUUACCUACGAGGUAACGCUGAGGUAGAAUCGUGUGGAUCUCUUUUACAAGAUGUCGAAACAUCUUACAAACCCAUUAGCAUCAGAUACGAGUCGACGGAUGUUAAAGAUUUUAAGUUCGACAUAGGCAAGAUUGCUGUCGAACAAGUCUCGCUUGAUUCAAUUCAGCAAAGCAACAUGAAACCAUUUUCAGAAAGAAGUGCUCAGAAAAUUGCCAAAGUGAAUGUGCGAUCUCCGUCUGACAGGUCUUUAUGCGAUGUUACCGGAAUUUUACUUAUUCCAGACGGUCAUAUAGUUCUUACAGAUAAUAACAACAAAAAGAUCAAGUUAUUAACAGACAAUGGCGAUCUGCUGGACGAAUUGUGUCUACCUGACGAACCCAGUGGUCUGUGUCAGGUAACUGAUACUACAGUGGCCGUCACCAGACCCGAAGUCAAAACGAUAUCGUUGGUGGACAUCACGUCCUCAAAGCUUUCAAUGCGUAGUGAUGCAUCUAUUACUACCGGGAAGCCAUGUUAUGGUAUCAUCCAUCACGAUGGUAUUUAUACAGUCACCACUGGACGGAAGAAACCUUCCCAGGUGUAUAGUGUCACACAGUCAGGACACACGGAGACGCUAUAUAGGCCGCAGAGAUCUCCGCUCUGUCUUGUGUAUGAUCCUACAGAACGUGAUAUUGUAGUGACUCUCAAUACAUCCUCACCAGGAGAUGUAGCUGUAUGCAGACUUUCAACAGGUGGUAGUUACAAAGCCAUUGCUCACAGAGAUAUCAUAAAAGGACCACGGGGCGUGGCUCUUGAUAGUGAUGGCAAUAUAUACAUAUGUGGAUAUAGCUCAAAAAAUAUUGUACAGAUGUCGUGUGAUGGGUCCAUGGUUAGGGAGCUACUGACUCCAUCAGAUGGUUUGCCUAAUCCGAAUUCAAUAUCAGUUCGUGCGGAUAAAUUGGUUCUUGCAUGUUCAUGUAAGGAUCAUAUAACAAGUUAUCAGCUCGUCUAGACCAGGACAGGACGAACUAGCAAU